UCACUGACUGACGACUGCACCUAUAGAUAUAGGUGUGGUGUGUACUAUACUAUACUGUAUAGCCUGUUGUAGAGCCUGUAUUGUAGUAGACGUUUUAGGCGGUUGACACACCGUCCGUUUUCAGCUCGCUCAUGUAUGUUCAUACAUUUAUCGCGUGAUUCAAGUGCACUCACAAAAUGUUCGUUUUCUGUGAUAUUUCCGGUGUAAGAAUCUCCAUUCUCACAUUUUUAUUGGUAUCCGUGUGGUGUAGCAGUGCAAAUGGCGGUGCAUUAUCACUUACACAAAAGAAUAUUGAUAUGACAUUAGCCUCAAAUGAAUUAGUGUUCAUAAAUUUUUAUGCGGAAUGGUGUCACUUUAGCAAACUUUUAGCUCCUAUUUUCGACGAAGUCGCAGAUAAAGUAAAAGAAGCAUUUCCUGAAGAAGGAAGGGUAGUUAUAGGCAAAGUGGACUGCGACGACGAGUCAUCUGUAGCGUCUAGGUUUCAUAUCACUAAGUAUCCUACCUUAAAAGUAAUAAGAAAUGGCCAACCAACGAAGAGAGAGUACAGAGGUCAACGUUCCACAGAGGCAUUUGUUGAGUUUGUAAAGAAGCAGUUGGAGGAUCCUAUCAAGGAGUUCCAUGAUCUGCAAGAGUUGACUAAGCUGGAUUUGAAAAAGAGAAUGAUCAUUGGUUACUUCGAUAGGAAAGACAUUCCCGAAUAUCAAAUGUUCAGACGAGUAGCCACGAAUUUGAAGGACGAUUGUCAGUUCCACGUCGGCUUUGGCAAUUGCUCCAAUGAAAACUGUGAUUUUGGACCACUUAUUCCCUCUUUGGACGCAAGCAAAGCUAUGCAUCCACCCGGCACACAAAUAAUUGUCUUCCGAUCGGAUAAAGCCCUUUCCAACGAUGAUGACGAAAUUUACAAAGGUAGUUUGCAAAAUUUCGACGAACUCAACAUUUGGACUCAAGAGAAAUGCGUGCCACUCGUGAGAGAAAUUACUUUCGAAAACGCGGAGGAACUCACUGAAGAGGGAUUGCCUUUCCUUAUUCUUUUCCACGCACCCGAUGAUCUUGAGAGCAUGAAACAGUACAAGGAUGUAAUAUCAAGCACUCUGCUCGAUGAGAAGCAGAACGUCAACUUCCUCGUGGCGGACGGUCUAAAGUUUGCACAUCCGCUCCAUCAUUUAGGAAAAUCCCCCUCUGAUUUGCCCCUAAUCGCAAUCGACAGCUUCAGACACAUGUACCUGUUUCCGAGCUUCCAGGACAUUUUUGUGCCCGGCAAGCUCAAGUCCUUCCUGCAGGAUUUGUACUCAGGAAAGCUGCACCGAGAAUUCCACUAUGGUCCGGAUACCAAUAGUGAAGACUCCCAGCAAGCGAUUGGCCAGGGGAAAGUGCAGACAACACCGCCCGAAUCGACUUUCAAAAAGCUUGCGCCCAGCAAAAACAGAUACACUUUGCUCCGCGAUGAACUGUAAGACAUGUUCUACAAGUUAAUUUUUAACGAGCAGAAAACCGGAAAUCUGAACGAUAAUUACCUUUUGUUUUAUUAAGGUCUGUUGUCAAGCACAAGUUUAUUAAAUUUCGUUUCGCUAUCGCAGAAUUUUGGGUGUAAUUAAAUCAUAUCUAUUGUAGUAACUUGAUUGGAACGAAAUUUCUUGAACUCACUGACUCUAAUAAAAUAGAAUGCAACUUUCGAUUUCUUGGUUUUGAUGACACUGCGUUUUCCAAUGCUGAUGUGGACACGAAUGGUUAUAAUUUUGAUCUGAUUGUGAGAAAGCCAGUGGGAAACUGUGAGUCCUUUUGUGGAUACACAAAUGAAUCGCAACCAGUGCACAAGAGGGCCGCACAGUUCCAUUAAAUAGUGUUAAUAUUUGCAUCGUUCGUGACACAAAGUGUAUAAAGGUAUAAAUUAUUAAUUGUAAAAAAUUAGCCUGUCCCAGUGCCUCGUUUUAGAGCCGAUUGACUAAGGCAAAUGAAUCCGAACGUGAAUUUCCGUAACUUUUUAUUUGGAUUUUAAUUUCCUCUGUAGCUUACACUUGUAAUAAAACCCAAUUUAUCGAAUGAAACUAUUCAGUUGUGAAGCAAUACAAAUUGAAGUAAAAUAGUCAUAUUGAAUGCAAACUUAUGUCCGGAAAAAAGAGAUACAAGGUUAAGAGUAAUAUUAUUGUUAUCGAUUAUUUUAAUAUUGUUUACGGUACUUUACUCCGCUGAUUUUUUUCUACAAGUUUAGAAAUUGCUGUUAUACACUUCAAAGGAAGUUGAACACUUUCCUUUAAUCACACUUUGUUGAAAUUUUCAUUCUUGUUUUUGAUUUAGAGUUGAUUUAGAGUUGAAAUAAUUGAGUUUCUGAGAUUAUUCUUCCUAAUGAAUUGAAUUUCAAUAUUUAUUAAACUUUUAAAAGAGUAGGUUUUUCGAUUGCGUACAACGGCACAAGAUAAUGAGACUCAACUUCUUGUAUUUUGUGAAUACUACUGUUGGGGGAGUUUUACAUUAGGAUGGGUGGACAAAAAAAUAAUGUUAGAAAUCGCAAACACUACUGUGCCUAAAAGUAGUGCAUUGGGACCCGCAUCAAGUGUACUGAACGUCGAAUUGGUCGUCUUGAGUGUAGGCAAUAAGAGCGAGACAAAUAGAGCUUAAAAAAUUAUUAUCUACGGAUUCUUAAAGUUUUUUUGAAUUUCAAUUUUAUUUUAGUAUUUGGAGGUGUCUACAGUCUUCCCAAUUUUCGUCUAAUUUUAGAGUACUAUUCUGUGCGAGAUAAUUAUUUUUUAGCACACCCUUGUAAUAAAUAAAAGUUAGAAAAUAAUUAUCUUAUGCAGAUUCCACAUUUAUUGCACUUCAUGGGGGCUUCAAUUCACUACUUUCUAACAUUUCCAAAAUUAUUUUUUUCGAUCCACCCUACAUAUUUUACAUGCAGUACGGUUUUGAAAAUUUAUCCACCCUAGGAGGACGACAGUGUAUUGCGUGUGUGUGCAUUUUUGAGUGACUGGGUUUGGGUAACUGCUUCCUUCUCAGGGAUGUGUUUUUUUUAAAGACCAUUUCAUUGGUUUAGAACUAGAAUCGACGGUAUGACUUUAAUCAGGCUAUCGAUAUACUAGGAAACAUGUAAACUAAUGUAUGUGUGGACGAUGGUAUUAUUUUUAUGUUAAUAAACACUUUCUAAGUCAAUGAUUCAUA